CCCUACGGCGACAUCGAAGUCCAAUACGUGCAUAUUCGCGUGAUCUGCUCAUUAAGACAGCAUCUGCUUUUUCGGGUUGUUUACGGAAAACAGUUUUCGUACUUGUCGGCUUAUAACAAGUAUGCCUUCGAGGACAGGACUUACAAUAUAUCUUAAGUUUCCUAAUUCGUUAUCUUUAACUUACUGCAAUUUGAGUACAUCUACCCGCGUUCUAACGAACCACGGGUCCAGCAACGAGGGACAACGGGACAGGCACGAGCCCACCAGUGUACCCCGACAUACCCACCGGCACAUCAGUAACAAUUUGUCAAUCACACAUCAUCACCAUGACGACACUUCCGGACCACGUCCCCUAAUUUUACUGUUUGGUUGGCUGUUUGCUAAGCCCGCACAUUUGAAGAAAUACAGCGACUUUUAUGCAGAACACGGCUUCGAUGUCCUCACUGCCAAGCUUACCCUUGCCCAGCUGUUGCGACCGAAGAAGGUCCAACGUGUGAUGACGCACCUCCUUGACCUUUGCCACGAAGGCCCCAGACAGGAGCAGCCCCUUCUUUGCCACGCCCUUUCCGUAGGAGGAUACAUGUACGGGGAGUUGCUCACCAGCCUCGCCAGGGACAUGGAGAAAUAUCCGGGGUUUGACCGCCGACUGUUCGGGAAGAUUUUGGACAGUCCUGUGGACUACUAUGGGAUACCAAAGGGUGUUGCCAGGGCAAUGACAGACGACAGGGAGAGGUCACAGCGGAUUGAGAAUUCUUUACACUGGUAUUUGGAUAAGUUUCGACCAAUUACCCAUCAGUAUAUAAGGGCAUCUGACAAAUUUCAUGCGAACGAGAUGAAAACUCCAUCUCUCAUUCUUUAUUCAUUAAGCGAUCCUGUUUGUAAUCCAGAUCAUUUAGAAAGGCUUGCAAAAACAUGGCGGCAAAAAGGAAUCGAGGCCGAGACCGCGUUCUGGGAGCGUGCACCUCACGUGGCGUCUUUCAAAAUGUACCCGGAUGAGUAUAAAUCACAAGUGAUUGAUUUCAUUUGGCGGACGGGCAUACCAGGUCACAGAAUGCCGCGGAUCCAGCAUUCCGUUUAGAAGAAACCGGAAGUAAACUUUAGGGACCAACAGAUUCUCAAGAUGGCACUGGCUUAAAUUUCCGUCAAUAUUUGUCUAUAUUUGUGUUGGUCAGACUUAAUGUAGAAGUGAAGACUACACGUAGAUGUGUUCAUUAUUAUUAUUAUUAUUAGCAAAAUGAUGCAUAUAUAGUUUAUAACUUUAAUCGACAGAGAUGGGGACGGACAGCUUGUAACUUUUCCUCUUUUUUUUUGCGCCCGAAUGACCUUGUAUAGGUGUUGAUGAAUCCAGGGCUUUCACUGUAAAAACAUUACAAAUCAAAAACUGAUCAGAAGCAUGCACAUUUAUUAUUCAAAUUGUUACGUUUAUUUAUGAUUAAACACACAACAGUA